AUGGCAGAAAAACAACGCGUGAUUCUUGUUACCGGUGCAAAUAGAGGUAUUGGUUUUCUAAUAGUUAAAAAACUUGUAGAAAACUCAUCAUCAAACAAUGAUAUUAUUCUACUGGGUAGUCGUGAUUUAAAACGUGGUCAAGAUGCAUUCAUACAAUUAAAUUCUCCAUCUAAUGUUCAUGUUCUACAAUUGGAUACAUCUUCUCAAGAUAGUAUUAAUUGUGUUAUUGAUGAAAUUAAAAAAAAAUAUGAUGGUCAAAUAGAUAUUGUCAUUAACAAUGCUGCUAUUUUAACACAAGAAAUAACAGUAGAUACAGCUCGAGCAUUAUUCAAUACUAAUUACUAUGGUGUUAAAAUUUUAAAUGAACAUUUAAUUUCUAUGAUACAAGAAAAUGGUCGAAUAAUUAAUGUAUCAAGUCGUGUUGGUGUUAAUGUAUUACAAGAUAUUACUCCAACACUUCGAGAAAAAUAUAUAUCAUCAACACUAACAAAAGAAAAACUUGAUCAAUUAGUUGAAGAUUUUAUUUCAGCAAUUGAAACAAAUACUCUUGAAAAUAUUGGAUAUAAUAUAAAAUCAGAGGUGUUAGUCUAUGGUGUUACAAAAAUGGCAUUGAAUGCUCUUACACAAAUCGAAGCACGAGAAUGGUCUACUACGAAAAAUUUAGUUAUUGCUAGUGUAACACCAGGAUUUUGUUCUACUGAUAUGACUCAACAUGCUUCUGAAGCACGUCCUGCUGAAUUUGGUGCUGAUUCUAUUUUAUACGUCGUUAAUGCUCCUCAAAAUGAAUUAAUAAAUGGUGCAUUCUAUCGUGAUGGUAAACAAAUACCAUUAAUCGAUGAAUCUACAAUUAAAAAUCAAUGA